AUGUCUGAGGCAUGCUGUACCUGCGCUGCCCUCCUGUCGUCGAUACCUCCAACAUACGAUGAGAAGACCGAAAAACCGUCACAGUUCGAGCGUAGACUUGACUGCUGUGACCGUGCCAUAUGCGCCAGAUGCUUGACGGACAAUCCGAGAUUCCAGAACUACUGUCCAUAUUGCCAGAUAUCGACGGGACCAUCGGCACUACCAACACAUGGCCUACGCGAUCCUCCUACGUAUUCGCCACCAGACGAGCAGCAAGCCGGCGACGAACUACCGCCAUACUCAGCACACAACGCGCUACAACCGCCGCUUGAAAAGACGAACUCAGAUGCUGAAAACGCGCCUGAUGUCCUACACUUUGUUGAUCAGAACAACGACUCGAUCUUGUCACUAUCGCUUCGAUACGGUGUACCCGCCGAUGCUUUGCGCCGAACGAAUAACUUAUAUGCAGACCAUCUGCUGGCGGCGCGUAGAACGGUCCUUAUACCUGGAGAGUUCUACAAAGGUGGGGUCAGUCUUAGUCCGAGGCCACUAGAGGGAGAGGAAGAAGAGAUCAAGAAGACAAAGCUACGGAAGUUCAUGGUUAGAUGCAAGGUCGCCGAGUACGAUGUUGCUCUUCUCUACCUUGAACAAGCCGAUUAUAACCUCGAGCACGCAAUCACAGCGUACAAGGCCGACGAAGAAUGGGAGAAGGAACAUUCCCUAGAGGCUGCGAAAAAGGGCAAGGCGAAGGACACACAAAGUUCUGGGCGGCGGAAGUGGGGCUUUGGGGGUCUCACUGGUCAACUAUGA